AUGGAUCUGAGCGAUGCUCUCGGAGAAGGGGGGGUGUGGCCGGGCGGCGGCUCCAACCCGCCAGCAGGGGGCGCUGUUUGGCCGGGCGGUGCCACUAACCCCACCUGGCCUGGAGGUGCCCCAGCCCAGCCCGCCUGGCCCGGACAGGGGGGACCCCCAGCCCAGCCCACCUGGCCCGGACAGGGGGGACCCCAGAACCCGGCCCAGCCCACCUGGCCCGGACAGGGGGGACCCCAGAACCCGGCCCAGCCCACCUGGCCCGGACAGGGGGGACCCCAGAACCCGGCCCAGCCCACCUGGCCCGGACAGGGGGGACCCCAGAACCCGGCCCAGCCCACCUGGCCCGGACAAGGGGGACCCCAGAACCCGGCCCAGCCCACCUGGCCCGGACAAGGGGGACCCCAGCACCCAGCCCAGCCCACCUGGCCCGGUGGAGCGGGGGCCCCAGCCCAGCCCACCUGGCCCGGACCAGGAGGUCCAGGGGGGGCCCAAACCCCGGCCCAGCCCACCUGGCCCGGUCCGGGUGGACCCACGCCCUCUGCCCAGAGUGUCUCAAUGAAUGUACCCUUCGAUCAAAAGCUUCCAAAUGGAGUUUUUGACAAACUUCUGAUCACCGUCAAGGGCACCGUCAAACCCCACGCAAACACGUUCACAAUGAACAUCAAAAGCAGCCAUGACCUUGCGUUCCACUUCAACGUGCGUUUCAACGAGGGAGGCCAUAAGGUGAUCGUGAGGAACAGCGAGAUCAGCAAGAAGUGGGGCAAGGAGGAGCGGGGUGGGGCCUUCCCCUUCGUCCAGGGACAGCCCUUUGAGAUGAAGGUCCUCUGCACCGGCGCAGCGUACAGAGUCGCCGUCAACGGCUCCCACCUCCUGGAGUACCAGCACCGCGUCAAGGACCUGCGCUCCAUCAACCUGCUCUCCAUCUACAAAGACGUCACCCUCACCUCCGUGCUCGUCGACCGCCUGCCCUGAAGACCCUAACCCCCCCCCCCCCCACCACACACACACACACACACACACCCCCCCCCCC